GCCGCCGCCUGUUGGUCUUCAGUUGGUGACGAGGAGUGUUGUGAAAAUGGCUCCGACCCUGCCCGAAACUCCGAGGAGGAGAUGACGGCGCGGAGGAGCUCUUUAAGUCGGGGAAACAACCAGGUGUCCUCCCGAAACACGGAGGUAACCGAGGAGUGAAAAGAACCAGAGACUAAGAGAGGGAGAACUGGUAAGACACCAGAGGAUCCUCCAUUAAACCGUCGGUAACAGAGAAGAGAACCUGAGGGAGGGAGAACCGGUGAAAACACCCCACCACUCCUUCCCUUUUUCACCCGCUAUGGAGGACAUAAACUCGAACAUCAACGCGGACCUGGAGGUGCGGAAGCUCCAGGACCUGGUGAAGAAGCUGGAGCAGCAGAACGAGCAGCUCCGGAGCAGAUCGUCCGGUCCUCUGACCGCCCACAGGCCCCUCAGCGACGGGUACGACCCUCUGUUCCCCGGGGGUCUGCUGGAGAACAGCCGGAGCCCCAGACUCUCGUACGACGGGAUCAGCUUCCGGAGGCCCUAUGAGGGGGCUUCGGCCGGAGCCUCGGUGUCCGGCAGGAACUCACUAUAUUCGGACACUUUCCCUGCUGACGAGGGGGAGACAUCGAUCCUGGAUGAGGUGGAGAUCCUGGACCUGGAGGACAUGGACUGUCUCCACGAAGACGAGGACAGCUGGCUGUACGAGGCGAAGCUGGACAGCCCCCUGCAGAAGGCUCUGAGCCCCAUCGUGUGGUGCCGACAGACUCUGGAUAACCCCAGCCCGGAGAUGGAGUCGGCCAAACGUUCGCUGCUUCACAGACUGGACCUCACCAUGUCAGCUAACCGGCGCCGCUCCCUGUACGGCAGCCCGGUGCACCAGCAGAGCUACGGCAGCCCGGUACACCAGCAGAGCUACGGCAGCCCGGUGCACCAGCAGAGCUACGGCAGCCCGGUGCACCAGCAGAGCUACGGCAGCCCGGUGCACCAGCAGAGCUACGGCAGCCCCUACAGCACCAACGCCGCCAACAGCCCCUACAGCAGCGGUUUCAACUCCCCCUCCUCCACCCCCAGCAGGGGCCACCUCAGCCGGCAGCAGCUCCUGCCCGGCAACGCAGCUCACCAGAGGAACACUGCAGCAGCAGCAGCGGCGGCAGCGGCGGCGGUGGAGAGGAUUCCUCCACCGCUCAGCCCCCAGUCCUCCGUGGACAGCGAGCUGAGCACCUCAGAGAUGGACGAAGACUCGGUGGGAUCGUCCAACACCUACAAGCUGAACGACGUCACCGACGUGCAGAUCCUGGCGCGCAUGCAGGAGGAGAGCCUCCGGCAGGACUACGCUGCCUCGGCGUCCCGGCGCAGCUCGGGCUCCUCCUGCCACUCCCUGCGGCGCAGCACUUUCAGCGACCAGGAGCUGGACGCCCACAGCCUGGAGGACGAGGAGGAGGCGGUGCACCCGGCCUUCCACCUGCCCAACAGCCGCUUCAGCCCCUCCCCGCGACACUCCCCCCGCGCCUCCCCCAGGAACUCCCCGCGUUCCCGCUCCCCCGCCCGCUCCAUCGACUACAGCCACAGCCGAGGGUCCCCUCAGCCAGUCAUCAGCCGCCUGCAGCAGCCCCGCCACUCCCUGCAGGGCCACGGGCACGAGACGCAGGCCAAUGCCGUGAAGAACGAGGAGAAGCUGCGGCGUAGUCUUCCUAACCUGACCCGGCCCUCCGUGGCAGCAGCAGUGGCCUCGGAGCCGGUGAAGAACAGCCGGAGCUGCGAGUCCAACCUGCAGGUUCCCAACGGAGGGUCCCCCCGGCACCAGGCCCAGUCCGCCAUCCCGUCCCCCAGUAAGCUGCGGACCCCAGUCACCCCGUCUCCUCUGGCCCUGCGGCAGCCUCUGAAGGCCCCCUCCUCCCCCGGUUCUGGAGCCUCCACACCUCCCCGCUCCCUGCCGCCCCCCCGGAGCGGCCUGCCCCGCCCAAGUGUCUCUACAGGUGGGGGGGGCAUCCCUCUGCCCCGCAGCAAGCUGGCCCAGCCUGUACGCAGGUCUCUCCCUGCUCCCCGGUCGUAUGGGGGGGGUCAGGGGGAGAACUGGAGGGAAGGGUGUUAUUGAGAGUGACCAGCAGGAGGCACUCUGACCCCACAUCUUCAUCAGGAGGAACGACGACAGCACUUUAUCUCCGAGGAACUCCUGCAGACAGACUCAGAUAUACAGAGGGGGGUGCAGCCAAGGACAUGCCAAAGAGAGCAGGGGGGGGGCAUCACAUGCAAUCAUCCCAACAUCACCCAACCCCCUCCCCCCCCUCAGGUGGAUAUGUCUCCUGACGAUGCUGAAACGUCCCAUAAUGUCCUGCAGCGUGUGUGUGUGUGUGUGUGUGUGUGAUGCUCAAGAAAAAAGAAAUCCUCCAGAAUGUUUUGCAAAUUAUUUAUUCAAAUUAUUUAAGAGGUUUAUGUCCGAACAUCCAUUUCAGUAUUUGUCUUUAAAGAGUUCAAUGGUUCUGAACCUCAACGGCUAACUCUCCAAAGUCUCAUCUCUAAAAGAACGCCGCGGCCAAAGCCCCCGUGUGCCAAGAGUCUCGAGCUGGAAUCCACAUUUAAUCUGCAGGAGGUUUUAUUCAUUCGUGUUAACAGAAAAUACUGAAGAGUGCGUUCAGAUGUCCUCCAGAUUAUAAAACAUGCAUGAAAAGGACUUUUAAAAUACCUGGAGGUGUCUCUAAAUGCUGCAGCUCUUAAAUCCCAAACAAAGGAACUCUUUUUUAUCAGCCAAAUAAAGAAGCAGCUGAUGACCCCCCCUCAUCGGUCCCCUGUGUGUCUGGCGUUCAGGUGGGACCUGGUGCUGCAGACCCGGUGUGAGGGAAGCUGAUCGAAUAGUGCCUAUAAUUUCAAGUUUGAUCUUUCUUUGAUCCUUUUGUGCCAUUUUCUUUUUGCCAAUAUCACUCUGCUCGCUCUGCCUUUCGCUUUCUCUCUGAUCGCCUGAGACAUUUAUGAUUGCUUUAAGGAAAUGUUUUAAAAACACGCCUUCAUAUUUAUAUCUGCCUCCUCAUCCUGUAAAUGAGAUUAUUUAUUAAAGAGAGGUGCCUGCUGGGGGCGGGGGGACGGAUGGAAAGCACACCUUUUGUGUGGACGUUUUUGUUAUCGAGUUUUUUUUAUAUCCACAAACAUGACAUUCAGUUUCCCCGUUAAAUCACAUUUCAAAUAAAAGCUGAAACGUU